GAGUUCCACUUUCUUCUCAUCCAGCAUGGCCGCGCUGUAUGAGGGAUACACGUUGUGCGGACUUGCUCCAGCUCAAAAUCUGUUAAGUUCAGGCAUUCAGGGUGUCGAAGCGGAGAGAGACAGCGACCAUGUUGUUGUCACGGACUCAACCAGAUCCGUCACGCUGUACAAGGUUUCAGACCAGAAGCCGUUGAGCAGCUGGACGGUGAAACAAGGACAGACUCUGACCUGUUCAGCAGUCUACAACUCCCAGACCAAGGAAUAUGUGGCAGUCUCAGACGGCAAGGUGAUCAGAAUUUGGAAGGAAGAAGAAAUACUCUUAGAUAAGGCCUUCAAAGCAACCGUGUCAUCAGAUGUCUGGAGGGUCCACUGUGUAGCUGGAGGGGAGCCUGUGGUCUUGUUCCAGAGAGGAGCUGUCAGGCUCCUGGACUCUCUCCUUUCUGCUCCCCAGCAGCCCAUAGAGGAAGUCCUAGCUCAAGAAGAAGUCAUUAGGUGGAGCACCAACAUAGUGACUGAGUCACAGCAGGUUGUCAUCUUCACAACUGAACAGAAAGGAGAUCAUUUCCUCUAUCUGCAGAGACUGAAUCCCAACACCCUACAGAGGUACCGGCUGGAGAGAGAGGAGCCUGGUCUUUCCCCGCUCAGCUUCUCUGCCUCCUGCAAGGACAAACACAUCCGCCUGCUUUAUCUCUACCCUAACGGUCAUUUGUACCAGAGUCUCGUCCCUGUGCGGGGCCUGGGGGCUGACGAGGGGGCCCAGGCCCUUCUAAUGCCCCGCAGCCUGCUGCUGGCUCUUCCUAUCGGAGAGGGCCUGCUGGAGGCUGCAUCGGCUCAGGUCCUGGAUGAUGCCCAUGUAGCUGUUGUGGGGGUUCCACACCCCUCUGCCGGAGCUGGGAAAGACUUCCUCUGCAUCUGGAAUACCAAUUUCCAGACGCUUCAGGCAGGAAAAGAGAUGGCGGGCAAAAUCUACGGCCAGCUAUGGCGUUAUUCGAACAAGUUAUUCAUUCCACAUGGGAAAACCCUCUCUGUUAUUCCAUAUGAGUGGCCCAAAUCCUCCUUGGCGUCCGCCCUGGGAAAACUAAGGCAGGCCAAGACUGAAGAGUCCAAAGCUCCCACUUCUGUACCCUCUUGGAAUAAUAUUCUGCAUGAAGAGAAAGCUCAUCCUUCGAGAACAGUGGAGACCAGGAAGACGAGAACAAACCGUAAGAGCCAAUCAGCACCUAGUUUAACAAAUGACCACAUUCUGGAGCUCAUCAAGACAGCACCAGUAGAAGAAGUCCAGAAAGAGGUAGAGGUGCUCCUCUCAAGGACGGACGUCCAGGGCCUGCAGCCCUCGGUGGGGCAGCUAGCAUCAACCCUUGUGUCCCGGAGCCUGGACGAUCCAGCCUUCUACACCCCCAGCAGCCUGGCACAGCUGGUGCACACUCGCUGCCUCUGCCACAGUGUGUGUCCUGACCUUGUGCUCCUGGCCCUGGAGAGGAAGGACUACUUUCUGUGUCAGCUCUGCUUGCAGUUCUUCCCUGACAUCCCAGAAGCUGUCACCUGUGCCUGCCUUAAGGCCUUUAUCAGUAUGUCAGAUGUUGAUGCCGAAAAAGUGAGCGUGGAGCCUGACGGUUUCUCCUUCAUGGAAUCCCUAAUGGCGAGAGAGCGUGGCCCGCAUGGCUUGCAGAAUGGUUUCAGCCCUGCCUCCAUUGAAGUGGACCGUUCAGAUGGCCUCGGUGUAGGUGGCACCAGAGCAGAAGACACUCCAACAGAACAGAUCUGUCCAGUGGGAUUACACAAGGCUGUUCUACUAAAUGAGAUACUGCAGACGGCGUACAGCGACUCUUUCCUCCUCCCACACCUAAAAGAUCUCUCCUCUCAACAUGUUCUUCUUUUCCUCCAGUACCUGCAGUUCCUUUACCUAAAAUAUUCCCAAGAUGCUUUCCCACAGAUGCAUGGAUUGAGAUCACCAAGUCUGACUCAGAUCAUGGAUUGGGUGUGCUUGCUGUUGGAUGCCCAUUUCACAGUGCUGGUGAUGACUCCAGAGGCCAAAGGCUUGCUGCUGAACCUCCACAGCUUUGUUAAGUCUCAGGUGAGACUGGUUUCUGAGCUCGGAAAGAUUGAGGGCAGCCUCCAAGAGCUCAAUAAGAUGAAGGUGAAGAAGGACGUCGGACAAUACUCCAUUGAAGUCAUCGAACUGUUUUAGAAUGUUUAUACUUUUAAUAAAUCAUUAAGCAUAUUGUCUCCUUCCAAAGUUUCACCUGUAGUGGUUUUAAGGUUGUACACUUGUCCCAAAUGGUAUAAUAUUAAGUGCUUUUUGGCACAAAUGCUAGCCAUCAGAGCUCAAGAUAUGAGUUUUACUGUAUAUGAAUUCUUGAUUUAAUUUAGGCAUUGAAUAAGUAGAUGCAGAUGCCUUUUAACCAUGUAAACAUGUUCAAGAUGAUGAAAAUUUGAUCAUUCAGAUAAUAUGGUUUGCAUGAUAAAUAAACUGUCUGCUCAAUGCCAAAUUAGUUCAAAAUGGGUUUGUUAAAUGCAUGCAAAAUCGUCUCCCUUUAUACACAACUGUGAGAAUGAAUGGCUGUGACUUUGUACUGGGUGUUCCACAGGAAAGCUUAUUUUGAAUACAAAUAUCGAACUAUGAGAAAAGCUAAUCCAUGUUUGACUAUUUUUUUAAUUUUUAUUAAAUGUUUCUAUCAAAUA